AUGCCCAGCUCCAGCGCCAGGUGGACCAGGCUGCGCCUGUUUGCCACCAUCUGCCUCCUCGCGACGCCGUGGCUGGUCAGCGCCAGCCAGGUCAUUACCCCUCCUCCGUCUUCGCCCGAGCAGCCCGACAGCCCGGCGCUGAGUUCCAGCCACAACCCAGCUUCCAACGGGCCCAACCCGGCUCACAUUCCGGCAGCCGGAGGCGGAGGAGGCGCCGGUGGCCCUCCCACUGUCCCCGGUGGCGGCGGUGGCGAUGAGGACGACUCGGACGACACGCCCGACCAAGUUGGCGGCCCGCCGAGCUCGGACUCUCAGGUCGACCACUGCGCCGUCGGCGGUCCCGGCGGCAAGCCGCGCGUGCUGUCUUCGGUCUGCUCGACGGGCACCACCCGCAACAUUAUCGAGGAAAAGCCUCACGACUGGAUCGUCGAGUGCAUCUACCCGCCCAUGGGCUCGCAGCCGGGCGAGACCAAGUACUUUAAGAGCGCCAGGCCCGACUACUCGCCCGACGACUGCCCCACACCCAAGUGCAAGAACCUGCGCAAGGGAGGCAUGCCCAACUGGCACCAGGCUGACACGCCCACCUGCGGCGGCGGCGGCCACCCUAGCGGCCCGGGAGGCGGACCUCCCAGCGGCCCGCCGUCGCGCGAGCAGCCCCCGUCGCCCAGCCACGGUGGCUCGCCUCCUCCCUCGAAGCCCCCCAAGAGCGAAUCACCGCCUCCGUCUUCUCCCCCGGAGGACGACUCGCCGCCUCCCUCUUCUCCUCCAAAGAACGACUCGCCGCCUCCCUCUUCGCCCCCGAAGAAGCACUCGCCGCCUCCCUCUUCGCCUCCGGAGGACGACUCGCCGCCUCCCUCGUCGCCCCCGCAGAAUGACUCGCCGCCCCCCGACACGCCGAGCGGCGGCCAUGGCGCCGGCGUUCCUCCCGGCGUGCCUGUCUCGCACGGUCACAAGCAUCACGACGACUCGCCUCCGCCCAUCAGCUCCGGCGGCCCGUCGGCCCCUCCGCCGGCGGCGGGAGGAGGUCAGCCUCCGUCGCCCCCGAGCAACAAGGAUGUCCCUCCCUCGCCUCCCUCUGGCCCCGACAGCCCGCCUCCUGCUCCUCCUUCUGGCGAAAGCGGCAGCCCGCCGCCGCCGUCGCCGCCUUCGAGCCCGUCUGCGCCUCCGAGCAACGACACGCCUCCCUCUCCUCCUCCUGACAACGCUACGCCUCCUCCCGGUGGCUCGUCGCCCCCGUCGCCCCCUACGCCUGGCAUCAGCUCUGGCGGCCCCUCGGCUCCUCCACCGUCGUCUGGAGGUGGCGACACCCCUCCUGGCCCGGGUGACUGCGGUCCUCUGGCUCCGCCCAUCUUGAUCCAGCAGGUCAUCAACCCGAAGCAGUGCCCGGCUGCGUCCUCGCAGUCGCCCUCCGACGCCGCCGGUGGCUCCAGCCCUGCUCCAGCCAUCGGCGCUGGCGUCGUUGCGCUCGAGUUCCAGCUGCCGGACCUGUACAAGCUGCUCCUCACCAUGAACCUGACAGUCCCGCAGGUCGACGCCUUUUCCUACGGCCUUCAGCGGCUGGCUGCCCAGGGUUCCGCCAAGGUCUCGAGCACCUGCCAGUCUGGCACGUCGGGUGGCACUGGCGGCAGCCCUCCCUCUGGCGACCAGCCUGGCGGAGACAGCCCCAGCAACGGACCGUCGCAGCCCUCUUCUGGUCCCUCGAACUCGCCUUCGACUGGUGGUACUCCUGGUGGCCGCUCGCCGGGCGGCGCUCCUUCCUGCGGUCCGUACGACGACAGCUGCAUCGGAGGCGCCCCACCGAGCUCUGGCCCUUCCAAGAACCCGCUCUUUGGCUCUCACGGCGGCAACAAGCCCAGCGGCAACGAGCCCACCGACAAGCCCAGCGGCAACGAGCCCGCCAACACGCCUUCUACCAAGAACGUCUACAAUGCGCCCGAGGGCACCGACGGCGGGUCGAGCAAGCACGAGCCCAAGGGUACCGACGAUGGGUCGAGCAAGGACGAGCCUGCCAACACGCCCUCGACCAAGAACGUCUACGAUGCGCCGCAGAGGAGGGGUCUCGGCCAUCGUCCCGCUCGUGCUCGCAACUGGAAGCGCUGGGCCAAGUAG